UGCGGUGCCUGCUAUUGCUACUGUUGUUGUUACCGCCGACGUCUUUUUAGAUGUGGUAAAAUGGAAAGAGAAAAGAAAGAGAGAGGCACGUGUGUGAGUAAGAAAACGGGGAGAAGAGUAGAGUCUCAAAAGAGAGGGGAAUGUUCAAGUCUUACGAAGCAAUGCAAAACAUUUAGUUGGCAAAAAGUAUUCAAGGGGUAAACACUGCCCCGAGAAAUAAUACGAAUUUAAAGCAGACGAAGUGCUUCAUGUAGUAUUUAAGGACGAAAAACUAUAAACACGUUCUGGCGCCGGUCUGACUGUCUGCCUGUUCCAACUUUGAUGGUUUUAUAUUUUCUGCGAUCGGGGUGAUGUGUGGAUAUAUAUGUGUAUAUAAAUAUACAUGCAAUACGUAUGGAUAUGUAUAUGUAUAUAAUUAUAAGUGUUUUUGAAGUUGUUGUGAAUAUGUGUUAAAUUAUGUGAAUAAAUAUUGGAAAAUCUUUCAAACGCGGAAAACAAAUGAUGGUGGAAAAUUCAGAGUGAUACAAAAAUUAGUUCAGUAUCAGUACUCAGUUUCUUCAAGUGUACCUAAUUGUUGAAAGAUGAUCGUACUCUUUCAUCUCUCUAGAAUAUUAAAAUUUUUAAAAAUUAUUGCAAAGUUAUAGAUUUAUCUUUUCAUUUAAUCAAUAUGAAUUGUAAUAAAAAAGAUAUUACAAAAUUAUACAUCGAUCUUGAACUACAUAGUUCAUCCAGUCAAAACUAUAAUCGAUGAAAGAAUUUCCUGUGAAUAUCCCGGUCAUUUUGAGAAAAAUUGGAGUGUGCUAAAUUGUUCUUUCAAAAAUGGAAGUUCGUGCUAUGGAAUAUCGACCGGUUGUUUCCAGUCUACAGGACUACCAUGCAUCGAUUCCAGACUUAAGUCCACCAAGAAGUCAAGGGUCUUCAACGGGUGCCAAUUCAACUUUAGGAGAUUACACGCCUCGUUUAUAUACUCCACCUACACCACCGACAGCAAACGAAGAUGAAAAGAUAUUUAGAAAUAAAGCGGAUCUUCAGUUACAUACACAAAUUCACAUGAGAGAAGCUAAACCAUAUAAAUGCACUCAAUGUACAAAAGCAUUUGCAAAUUCUUCUUAUCUAUCACAGCAUACUAGAAUUCAUUUAGGAAUAAAACCAUACCGUUGUGAAAUAUGUCAACGAAAGUUUACGCAAUUGAGUCAUUUACAGCAACACAUUCGAACUCAUACUGGAGAUAAACCUUAUAAAUGCCGUCAUCCCGGUUGUAGUAAAGCAUUCAGUCAGUUGAGCAAUUUGCAAAGUCAUUCAAGGUGUCAUCAAACAGAUAAGCCCUACAAAUGUAAUUCGUGUUAUAAAUGCUUUUCAGAUGAACCUAGUCUUCUGGAACAUAUUCCAAAACAUAAAGAAUCGAAACACUUAAAAACUCAUAUAUGUCAAUAUUGUGGUAAGAGUUAUACUCAGGAGACAUAUUUAGCUAAGCACAUGCAAAAGCACGCUGAACGUACUGAUAAGCGACCUCCUAUUAUUAGUGCAAGUCUUAGGCCUGCAAUACAUUCAAUGGCUGCAGCCGCUGCAGCUGCAGUUGCACAUCACCAAACUGAUCAUUACUGGUCCAAAGUCAGUUCUGAUUCUGUACUUAAUGAUCUCCAUGAACGACUCCCUCAUCACCAUCAUUCUUCUUCAAACCAAGACUACCAUCAAAGCCAAACACAAAAUGAAAUUUUAUUGUCUCCUCCGACUCAAUCUCAUCGAGAAGUCUUGGAAGCAGCCGCUGCAGCUGCAGUUGUAGCCGCAUCCGCUACAUCCGAUACUCGUCAACAAACGUCGCAUUCAAAUCAUUCACAUGGACAUGGCCAUCAAUCUGCAAACAAUCCAAAUAGCAGUUCAGCAUUCACUCCCAUUUCAUCUAUUUCAAUUAAUUCGAUUUCUUCAAUGCAGCAUUCUUUAAAUCCACUAAAUCAUCUCCACUACUCCACCAGUCAUCAUUCUGGUCCAAGGCCGUACAUUUAUGAGGCUUUUAAUACUUCUCAAAAGUCGCCAUCAAAUCUUACUUCAGUAACUUGCAGUGUAACAUCUUCCACGUCAUCUACUCAUACAUCUUCCACACCAUCCUCAAAUCAAAGUACGUCUUUCCCGAAUCAACUCAUAAGUUUACAUCAAAUUCGUAAUUACGCUCAUCAGCCAAAUCUAAGUAACCUCAAUACUCUGCAAACGAAUACGGAAAAUCAUACUCUCAUCGGAGGUAUCAAAGAUAAGCAGUAAAUAUUAAGUAUUAAUAUAUAUAUUCUUAAAAUGUGGUGCUAUUUAAAUAAGUAAGGCUAAAAUGGAUAUUAUAGAUAUUAUUAUUGAAUAUUUAAUAUUUAUAAGAUAUUUAAAUUACCCAGAAAUCAUUUUAGUAAUAGACAUUGGAAUGGAGAAACUUAUUACCAUAUGAUACACAGAUCACCUCAGUACUUGGAUAUCAUCAAAUUGUACGUGACAAAAUAAACAACGCAUAAAAAA